CUUUUAUUUUAAAAUGAUAAUCUUAACUCUUACGUAUGAAUUUACCUAUCUAUCCAACUUCAACCAUCUUGUCCCUGCUUAUAUUUUAAAACGACAGUCUUACCCAUGAAUGGUUAGGAAUAUGGUGCAUAAAGCUAUGGUGUAUAACUUGCAUAAUAAGGUUCUUCCUUUUAAGUGGGCUUCAAAUAUAAGGCUUAAAAUGUCAAUUCUAACUUGGAUUUUUUUUCCACAUAUGGAACGAGUUUGUUGUGCUCUACAAAAUGAGAUCCAUUUUCAAUAUGUUUUGAAAAUUUUUGUUUCAUACCUCACAUUACCAACUCCAUACCAUAUGUUAUCUCCUUCAUUUUUUAAGUCAUUUUUAAAAAUAUUUGUAUUGGAGGGGGGAGGGGGGGGGGGGGGGGGGGGGGGGAGUUUAUCGUUAUUCUAAAACUACAAAUUUCUGGGGGAUACAUGUCCAAAAAAUACCACUUUUGUACCACCCUGAUAUAAGUGUGGUAUCUUAUGGUACGCAAUGUUGAAAGUCGUAAAUGACAGUUAGUAUAUUUCUACUAUUAUGCAUUCAACCAUCAUACAGGUUGGUAUGUUCAUACCACCAUGAUAUGCUCUUAUUUAAUAGCAAUCAAUACCAUAUGGUAUAGACUGGUAAUAAACGUUUCAAUUUUUUUUCAAAAAUAUAUCAAAAUAGAUAUUAUUUGAAGAGCAUAAUUAAUCUGAUUUAUCUAUGCAGACAAAUUUCAAUUCCGACUUAACAUAAAAAAGAAAUCGUCUGUUAAAAAUGAAAGAGAAAAUGUUAGAGACCUUCUACAAGUGAGGGAGAGGCACAUCAGAAUUCAGAUGUGACGGUUGAUGAUUGGGUGAUGCGCUCUUACUGAUCAUAUAGUUACAAACCGACUCCAUGAAUAUGUCACACAUGGAGAUAAAAUUACCCUUUCAAUUUUCAAUAUGGAUGGUUUUUAGAGACGAUAAUUUCGAGCUGACCCGUUUUACCAGACCUGUUUGGAUUGUUUUGGGGCAGGACGGACAUGGGUAUUCUUGUCAACCCGACCUACCCUGACCCGCCCCAUUCUUGACCCGUUCUUGCCUAAAUUACAAGUAAUCUUAGUCAAAUUACUUAUAAUAUUCUUUUUAUUACACCAUAUUUUAGCCAUAAUAAAGUUUUAAAUUAGUAAAAAUCUCAAUUUCUCCAAUAAUUUAACUACAUUUAUCUUAAUAUAGUUUGUUUUCUUGGUCUUAUAAUGAAAAUAACGAAUAUUUCUAAUGUUUUUCUAUAUAAUUUGCUUACCCAUUGGGUCGACCUGCCCCGACCCACGACCCAUGAUAAAUUAUCUGAUCAAAACCCGACCUGCCACAGGACAGGUAUGGGUAUCAAGAUACUCGCCCCGAACUUGCGCAUUGCCAUUCCUAAUGGUUUUGAUUUUAAACGGUUCAACUGUCUGGUCCGGUUCGAUUUUGAUAACUCGGAUAGCGCCAAGCAGCAACCAAUCUAGAAAGAGAAACAGGAGGGAGAAAGACUGAGAGAGAGGAGAGAGAGGGGCCAAAAGCAAAGCACUGGGCCUGAGAGGGAAAGAACAGAGGGAGGGAGGGAGAGAGACAGAGAGAAGAGAAAGAAAGAAACAGGAGAAAGUUUAGAGACAGAGAGACAGAGAGAGAGAGAGAUCAGGGCAGAAAUCAUCGAGUUAAAAAACCCAAAAAAGAACAAAAAUGUCGGAGCGAGAGAUAUCCCAAGCUCUCCACUCCCUCCUCCACGACUAUUCCACUUCCCAGUCCCAAUCCUCCGCCGCCGGCCCUCUCACCUCCAUGACCGCCGUCGUCCACCACCUCCAAUCCAAGCUCGGCGUCGACCUCUCCCCCAAGCUCGACUUCAUCCGAUCCCAGCUGCAGCAACUCCUCUUCCAGCAACCUCACCCACCGCCGCCGCCGCCGCCGCAGCACCACCAGCAGCAACAACCCUUUCCUCCUCCGCCGCCAUCUUACAAAGACCGUUAUGCCCCCCACCAAACGACCCCCAAUUUCCUCCUCUCUUCCGGCUACCCUCCGACGCACCAAACCCCCAAUUUCUUGCUCUCUUCCGGCUACCCACCGCCGCCUCAUCAGCAGCAGCACCACCAGCAACCCUUUCCUCCGCCCUCUUACAAUGACCGUUAUGCCCCUCAACAAACCCCCAACUUCUUCCUCUCUUCCGGCUUCCCUCCAUCUCACUCCCCCGGCUCCUUCAAUUUGGAAUCCCCUGCACCUGCUGGUGCUCCCCUCGAGUCUCCUAAGGAGAGUAAUAAGGGUAAGAGGAAAGGCGGGGCGGGUGGUUUGAACAAGCUCUGUGGGGUGUCGCCGGAACUUCAAGUUGUGGUCGGCCAUUCUACUCUUCCUAGGACUGAGAUUGUUAAGCAGUUAUGGGUAUACAUAAGAAAGCACAACCUGCAAGACCCGAGCAACAAAAGGAAGAUUAUCUGCGACGAUGCACUGCGUGUGGUGUUUGAGACUGACUGUACUGAUAUGUUCAAGAUGAACAAGUUGCUCUCUAAACAUAUCCUUCGUCUUGAUCCCGCCAGCGAGGCCAGUUCUAAGAAGCCAAAGGUAGAGGAUGAAGAACAGGAUACACAGGCUGCUCCAGCACCUGAACCUGAACCUGAACCUGCACCUGCACCUGCACCUGAACCUGCUCCUGCACCUACUCCUGCAGAGAUAGAGGAUGAAGACAAGGAGUCUCAAGACACACAGGAUGCUGCUGCUCCUUCUGUGGGGAUAUCUGAAGAACUUGCAAACUUUUUCGGUGUUGGUGAGAGGGUGAUGCUCCAGUCAGAGAUUUGCACCCGCCUUUGGGAAUACAUCAACGCCAACAAUUUGGAGGAUCUUGUUAAUCCAACUGUGAUUGUAUGCGACUCCAAGCUUCAAGAGCUCUUUGGCUGUCAAAGUUUCCCAGCUGCAAAGUUAAUGGAAUUUCUAUCCCGUCAGCAUAUAUUUAGGGCUUGAGCAUCUGCAAAUGGCGGGUUGCUUGCUGCUAAUUGAAUGACUGGUUAGUAGAUGUUAGUCUAAGUAUUAAUGAUCAGGCACUCCCUCCACCUUCCUUAACCAUGACGACUGACGGUUAACCUUUUGUGGAUAUAGUUAGCUGUUUAUUCAUCCCUUUGCAAAGAUGGAAAUAGUAAUCUGAAGCUUUCACCCUUAGAUUUUGAAGUUGGGAGGAUAUCUCAUCUCAUCUUAGUGUUGUUAUUUGGGUUUCUCUUAUCAUGUAAGGCAGUUUGUAGGUAGCUUCGUUGGUCUUGUUGGGCCUGCUGCUAUGACUCCUUGCUUUUGUUAAUUUGUAGGUUGGGGAAUAUGAACUUGGCUAGCUAGAUGUUGUACUGAAAAACUAAUGCACUUUAAUCUCAGCAAAACAGUUAUUCGUGGUAGUGUAGUGUGACAUUGGCUUUUGCUCUCUGUAAGCGCCUUUUCUCCUUCGUAUGUACAGUUGUGUGUUUAUUUUGAUAAGUUCAUCAGAUUAGUGACACCGAAACUUGUCAACUAUAGUUGGCUAUGUCGGACCAAACACACCAAGAGCUCAAUCCUGAGCUUCACUGUCUGCUAUCUCCCAUUGCGCCUUAUUUUGCUUAUCAAGUUACUAGGAAACUGCUCACCUCAUCAGCUCUUGUCGCAACAGCCAGAUACGAACUUCGACAAAGACAAAUGUAUUGUAAAAUGAUGCAUUCCUAUGGAAACUCGACUUGAAUACAUUCUACUUAUAACGAUAUAUGUUCUGUAGCCUUUAGACAACCACAACAGGUGUUCAAAAGAUAUCUUCUCACCUUAUGUCAGGUAUCCGAGGAGCUUAGUGUUUCGGCUUGCUUUUCAGGUCAUCAAGUCUGCACAUACUACAGAUUUAUAAAAACCUUAAUAAUCUGUAGAUCUUAAU